UAGUACGCGCUCAAGGAUACGACCCAAUCUCAAACUUCGACCAUUUACCCACACGUAUAAAUACUCAACCCCAACUUUCCCGUUCUCCUCAUCCACAACCAAAAAUAAGCACUUCUCACAACCGCAGCAACAACAUACAACGACUCCAACAACAACAACAACAACUUUAGAAAUGGCAACUCUACAAGCUCAAAGCCUCUUGCUAUCCGUCUCCUCUUCUUCUUCGUCAUCAUCUUCUUACUCGUUCAGACGGCGGUGUCGUGCCGUCCUCCAUGCGCCGCCGUCGAAUCUUAGCCCGAAAGGUAACAAACCACCUAUCGCAAUUCGCCUCACGGAAGUCGAUGAUUGUCGUCGUGGGAUCACCCCCGCUGGCUUCGCCCCACUGCUCCCCCCGAAAUCGCCGCAAGGGAAGAUUGAUGAUGUGGUGAUCCGCAAGCUCUACGCGAUAGCGGAAGCCGCCGCCGACCGUGCAGAGAUGCACGCGAUCAUCGGGAAGCAGCGCGACAACUGGAACCACCUCUUCCUUCACUCCGUCAACUCCCUCGCCCUCUCGGCCUCGCUGAUGUCCGGCCUAGCCUGCGUCGGGUCCGACGCCUCCUCGCCCCACGUUUUAGCCUUCAAACUCUCCUCCGUGCUGUUAUUCGCUGCCACGUCAACGGUGAUGCUGGUGGUCAACAAGGUACAACCGUCUCAGCUCGCCGAAGAGCAAAGGAACGCGGCGAGAUUGUGGAGGAAGCUCGAGAAGGAGAUUCAAAGCAAACUCUCGCUCCAAACUCCGCGCGAGUCGGACGUGGACGCCUCGAUGAGGAAGGUGCUAGCUCUCGACAAGGCAUACCCGCUCCCUCUCCUCCCCGGCAUGCUCGAGAAGUUCCCUAAGAAGGUGGAGCCCACGUGUUGGUGGCCGAGAGAAGAAUAUAAACAGUCAGAGACUACGGCUAUCGACGAAAAAUAUCAAACUAACUACUCAAAUGGUUGGAGCAAAGAGUUGGAGGAGAGCAUGAAGGGCGUAGCGAAAGUGCUACAAAUGAAAGAUCAAGCGGAGUACGUCACAGUGGGGAAGUUGGUACUGAACAUCAACAAAGGUUUCGCCAUCGCGGGGCCGGUUUUUGCGGGAAUGGCGGCAGCGGCCGCAGGGUUUAUUGGAUUGCCAGCAACUGGGUCGUGGUCCGUGUUGGUCACGGCGGUCGGGGGCGCGCUAGCGGCCACCGUGAACACGCUGGAGCACGGCGGGCAGGUCGGGAUGGUGUUCGAGCUCGCCCGGAACUGCGCCGGCUUUUACAAGAAGCUGGAGGAGGAGAUAGAGGAGAGUUUGGAGGAGAGAGAAGCGGAGAAGAGAGAGAACGGGGAGUUGUUUGAGUUGAAAAUGGCGUUGAGUUUGGGGAGAAGCGUUUCGGAUUUGAAAAAGUUUAGAUCCUUUGCUUCUGCGUCGGGCAAAGUCGACGAAGAUGUUACAGAGUUUGCAGGGAAAUUGUUCUAAGUGAACAUACGUACAUGUAGGGUGAUCGAUUACUAAUUAAUGUUAACAAAUUCAUUCAUUUAUUUGUUGAUACAUGAAA